GGGUGGGUUGCUAAAAGAGACUUGAACUAAAGUAUGUAGUUUGUAGAAUAUUGUAGUCAUUAGUGUUUUAUUAAAAUGAAUACUUUAGGUCUCAGUGUGAUUUUUAAAAUGGGUUGUUUGUGUUCUAAAGAUGAUGUAGUUAUCGGCAAUUCUAAGUAUUAUAUUUUGGAAGAACUUGGACAAGGAGGAUUUAGCACAGUAUUGCUUGUAGAACAUGCAAGAACACGGAAAAGAUACGCUGUUAAAAAAAUUGUUUGUCAUGGCAGAGAUGACCAAAAGUGUGCACUGCAAGAAGUUGAAUACCAUAAAAUAUUAAACCAUCCUAACAUCAUUCCUUGUCUUGAAUACAAUGUUUCUGGAUGUCCUGAUCCUGUUUUGAACACAACCAGUCAAGUUUUGUUACUACUUCACUAUUAUUCGAGGGGUACUUUGGGUUAUUGUCUAGAUGCAAGGAGUAAAAACAAACAAUAUAUGGACCAAGGUGACAUAUUGAGAAUGUUUCUACAAAUAUGUGAUGGAGUAAAAGCAUUUCACGAUGCCCAACCUGUUCCUUUGGCCCAUAGGGAUCUAAAACCUGCCAAUAUUUUAUUGGAUGUUGAUAGCACACCUGUGAUAAUGGAUUUGGGAUCAGUUGCUCCAGCCGUUGUAAAGGUUUGUGGCAGCACGGAAGCGCAAAGACUACAGGAUCUAGCAUCUGAAAGAUGUUCUAUGCCAUAUCGAGCCCCAGAACUUUUUAAUGUUGAAAGCUAUUGUAUGAUUGAUCAGCGAACUGAUAUUUGGUCUCUAGGUUGCAUGUUAUAUGCGAUGUGUUACUUUAAAUCUCCCUAUGAUACAGUUUACGAGAGAGGAGAUUCUGUUGCUCUGGCUGUUAUUAGUGGAAGCAUAGAUUUUCCUACCAUCACUCCUUUUACUCAGGAGAUGCAUGAGUUAAUAGCAAUGAUGUUGAAAGUAUCUCCAAUGGAACGGCCUUAUAUAUACACAGUAAUUGAGAAGACUCAGGAGACCCUUCAGAAAUACAAAGGUGUUCUUUAAUGCAAUUAUCCAUUGUAAAUAUUGUUAAUCUAUUUUUGUUAUGGGAUUUUAAUGUUUAAAAAUGCAUUUUAAACUGUUAUGUAAAUAGUGUUACCAUGUUUUAUAAUAAAAAGGAUAUCCUGUAUAUAAAGGUAGAUGUAAAUUAGAAACAAAUUCUUACUAUAAAUUGAGAUUUAUUAUUUGUAAUAUUUAUGAAUUGUGAGCAUAUCUGUAUUUCUUAAUGAGCUUUCUAGUUAUUUAUUUUCAAAGUGGUAUAUAUGUGUAUUUUUAUGAAGUGUUUAUGACUUUUUAUGCAUUUUAAUAAUGCAGUAUCAUCCAUGGUAGGAAUUAAUUAAUUUUAAUUAAUCUAUUAAUUUUUUUUGUAAACUAAUAUUGAUUGACCUUCUGCCGCUAUUGUGUAGUAAUCUAUUUUAACCAUUGCAACGUUCAGGCUUUGUUGCUUCUUAUAUCACUUUUAUUUUUUAAAGAGUAAGUCAACUCAAAUGAUGGGGUCAUUUACAAAUUUAUUGUAGAACUUUCUCUUAGUGAUAAAUUAAUCAUUAUCUAAUAAAACGUUUCAAUUCAAGAAAAAUGUAAUUAAAAAAAAUGCUUCUAUUUUUAUAAAAAUCUGAUAAUGAUUAAUUCAUCAUUUUUAAAAAAGGAAAACAAAAUAUAUUGAAAACUAUUGAUGUAAUGCUUUGGUUAAUGUUCAUUGCAUAAAUUUUGUUCUGCGACAUGCUGAAAAUCAUUAAUUUUUAUGAGCAUCUUACAGGUAAUUAAGGACACCAAAAUAAAGAAGUUAUUCAUUUUUGAAAUAAGGAACUUGUGGUUAAUAUACAAAAAGAUGGCAUUUUAAAUAUUAUCCUCUCUAUUGCAUCGCAGAUGAAAAUGAGAUUGUUUAUUCUGUUGGUCAAAAGAAGUAGUUUUCUGUUUUAUAAAUUUAAAAAAUUAAAUUGAAGGGUUCAAAUAAAAAUCUAAAAGAAAGAAAAUAUUGAUGGAAUCAGAAGAUAAUUAAAUUUGUGGAUGAAAUAUUUGAAAACACGAUGAAAUAAAACUGUGCCAAUAUGAACACUUCGUAAAAUGGGUAAUGUAUUAGACAAAUUUAUAAAAAAAGAAAUAAUAUAAGUGCCUGACGAAAUGACAUUUAAAAAAUCAAAAGAUGACAUAAAGCAUAUUUAUUUAUGUUGAACUUCUUCCAUGCAUAUUCAAAUUCAAAAUAAUUUUUUUAUGCGUAUGUUUACAAAUUAAAAAAUGAUUGACA